AUGUACAAUCAUAACGGCAGUAGUUCCUGCAUAAGCUGUUCUUACAAAGCAGUCGCUGGUUACCUUUAUCCGCUAGAGCGCUGUUUUGUGUUCGUUCACAAGCCCCCUCUGGCUAUUAGAUUCGACGAAGUUGCUUCGGUCAAUUUCGCUAGAUCAUCGGGGAUGACAACUAAGACAUUUGAUUUCGAGAUCGCCACCAAGUCUGGAACUGAUCAUGUGUUCAGCAAUAUUGCUAAAGAAGAGUAUUCGAGUCUUUACGAUUUCAUCAAGACUAAGAAUUUGAUCGUCCGAAACGUUGGUGGAAAAUUAUCUUCCUCCGACAAAGUUGCUCAAGAGAACGAUUUUGACGAUGACGAUGAACCAGACGAUCCUUACUUGAACCGAGUCAAAGCCGAAGCUGACCAAGAAGAUGAAGAAUCUCAAGAUGAAAAUUUCGUUCCUACUGAGGAUAAUGAAGAUGUGGAUGAGGAACUAGAUCUUCCAUGUAUAAGAUUUCCCAUAGCAUCCCUUGGCGUAUAUCUUCACAAAGGGCCCAUUGCACUAAAUCCUUGA